GUUAUUAAAUAAAAUAUAACAUUGUUUUGGUAAUGUUUUUUUAUGAAUAUAAUUAAAUGUGAUUGAUCCUGUGAGAAGCAUUCUGCAUCGCGUCCUAAUACAACUUCUUUCGAUUGGCGUGAAGUUAGUCGUUAGCAAUUUACUAUUGUUGUUACUAUUGCUAUUGUAUAUAUGUAUGAUAAACAAUACUUUUGUUGAUUACCAGAAGUUGUUUAUUUAUUGUAUUCGAAUGCUAACGAAGAUUCUCGUGUCUUGCUUAUUUCGUAGCGUCGUGAAUACACGUUCGAUUUAUAAGAACAUUGAACAUGACGUUAUUGCGCGGUGAAUAUUUACGUGAUCUGUGCAAGAGAAAUUUGAAAUAAUUUCACAAAACUUUAAUGACACUUUAUAAAACACGAUGACGACGAUAGAGCAAAUAGACACAUCGUUACCGUUGAAAAAAGAACGAGAGGAAUUCAAUAUCGAAGACAUUAACGAUGACAGUAGCCUCGAAGAUAUUAACAAUCUCCUGUCAAUAUCAUUACCAUCUCUUUCAGCAAACAAAUUACAUUUUCCCACUGAUCCUAACGAUGAAUUUCUUCGACUGACUACCACGGUCCGUUCUGUGUAUUUUUCGUAUCUUCAUAAAUGUUUACUCACCAAUUACAUUCUUUGCUAUAAAGAUAAAAAUGAGGAUAUUCCAUGCGAUCGCUUGAAAAAGUGUGCGAAUCAAAUGGAGUUAUAUGCAGUUCGAUCUUCGUUAGAAGCUACUUUGUAUAGGCAAAAUAUGUUAAAGUUGAUUUCAGAUGUUAAGUCUCACACCAUAGACAAGAAAACUUAUAAGAAAUUAGUAAUAGUUUUAGAAACCCCGCCAACUAAAGUAGACAUUGGAGUUCAAACAAUGAAUUCAUGGGCAGAGUUAGAAAGAGCUGAUAACAUUCAAAGUAUCUGUAUUACAUCUAAUUGCGAGGAACUAUCCUCUGAGAGGCAAAUGUCGCCUAUCAAAAAGGAGGAGGAUGUGACAAACAAAAUUGUAACUCAAAAUAAUACUCCCGAAAUUUGUGGUUACAGCGAUACAGCUUCACCCAUUGUAAAUUCUACUUGCUUUGAUGAUAUGGAAGAUACUAAAUUAAAAAAUGAGUCAGACGAAGAGACCACUAAUAAAAUGGAACUCGACGACGAACAGACAACUCAAGAUUGCAAUAUUUUUAAUCGUAUGCAAGAUGAUACGAGUACUCAGAUUACACAGAACCAAUCCAUUAUUCAAAAUGAUGAUGAAAAUUCUCAGGACUCUCUAUUACAACACAUGGAAGACAUGUUUUGCGAUAGCGACGAUAGUAGCGAUCUCAUGACGUUAAUUGAAAAACAUUCGGGUGUUAGUAAAGCUAACAUGGAUAAAGAGAUAAAUAAAAUAUGUUUAGAAACAGAUUCUCUCCUUCCAUAUAAUUCCAAUGAUAAAAAUUGCAUAUCCGAAAGUAAAAAUGGUACAAAGUCAAAUCUUGUUAAAAGCAGUACUGUAAAACAAUCGAAUAUAAGUACGGGAAAGUAUAGUUUUAGUUACUAUAAGGAGAUGAAAAGCAGAGAAGCUAAUAAAUCGGUGUUACCAGAACCUGAAACCCCAGAAAGUAAACAGAAACGCAGAGCGAAUAGUAUUUGGUUCGUUGAACGUGUAUGUCAAGUAUCGAAAUUAAAAACGAAAAUGACAGAAUUGUCUUUGAACAAUUACAGAAAAUAUGGACGGGUAAAACAAAAAUUUGUUGAAUUGUUUGGAGAAUCUGACGACGAAGAAACGAUGCCAGAAUCGCCGAUUUGUAUCGAAGAUCAUUUAACUGCGUGUAAGGAGAGAAUAGCCCCAUGGAUUGUAAAACAUUUAAUGCCAUUUUAUAAGAAACGACGAAUUAAGGAUAGACAACUUUUUAAAUUAGUUGCAAAACACAUAGCCGAUAUGCUCAUUAUCGAGAAUACAUUUCCUGAGCCAGACUGCGUGAGCAAAUAUAUAGAAACAUACUUCAAAAAUAAAAAAUUCAUUAGAACUAAACAGGAUGUAUACUUAUAAAUUACAUAGUUACUUUAAUCGAUUAAAGAGGGGAAAGAAAGUAUUCCUAUCGCUUUACUAAUGUAGACUUUUAAAGAUUUCAAAUUCGGAGCCACACGAAGAGUGAAACUGUACAUAUUAUUUUAAAGAGAAAAAUGCAAUAAAGGAGUAUGUUGAAUAUUGAUUGUCCAAAGAUAUGUAUACAGAAAGAAUGCAGUAUAAAUGGGAAAGCGUGAUAACUAUUUUGCGUAUAGAAAUUUUGUUGAAGAACAAUAUAAAAUUUUUCCAUGAAUAUCCGUUAAAGCAAUGCAUCUUGAAUAAGCGGCACUGCUUCUCUGUUUCAUAAGUUCCUUACAUAUUUUUUUUAAACGAAGUAGAAAUUCUUAUAAUUUUUUUACCAAACAUCGAAGCUUUAAAGUAGUAUGUAAGUCACAGUCUCAAUU